UACUCUGUGAACCUGGAGUACACUAGACCAAGGGUUUAUAAACCCUCUUCAUCCUCUCUCCAGUAGCAGUUGCACAUCUUCUUCACUUCAGGAUGUUGAGAAUUGCUGUAAUCUUGUCCGUCCUUGUAACUCUGGCCCAGGCUGAAGACGGAGUAGGAUGGAAAAUGAUGCAGAAAAUCCAUAAGUACAACUUGUACUCCAGAUGCUGGGGAGAUGAACUCAUGGCAGGAUUUGCUGUCAAAAUUCACAAAGCCAUGGAAUUCUGUGGCGAAGUACAAUCCCCAAUGUUCGGAGGAAUGAAACCCUUCCCUCUCCCUGCUGCCAUUGACAGCGCUCAACUUGAAGCUCUCAGAGGUCUUCUCUCCAACCCUGCUCUUGCCACUCUACUCAAAGGAAACCAGGCAAAUGCUUGGCAACCAUUUGGAAAUGGAUUUGGACGUAAGAAGAGAGCUCUUCUUGAUCCUACUUCUGAGGAUGAGGAAGAAUUCAUGAAUGAUGUUCUUGACUUUAAGGCUGGUAUGGCCACCAAGAUGGGAAACAUGAGCUGUGUUCUAACCCAGCUUGAGAUGCUUGAUGCUGCUGGAAACAUCAAUAUGCAAUCAUACAGCAUGGCUUCCCUUUCUCCUUUGCUUAGCAAUACCCCCGCUGGUUCUGAUCCUGAAUUCCUUCAAAUGAUGGUUGACAGAUUCGGAGACUGCUAUGAGAUCUCAAGAAGCUUUCCCCAGAAAGCCCUGGACAGACAUCCCAACCCUAUGAUUAAGAAAUAUGGAAGACAUCACAUUUUCUUCAAGUGCGCCAUGAAGGUUGAAGAAAAUUGCUGUGUUCACUUCCAGCUGAAGCAAUGGGUUGAAUUGAUGUAUGGACCAAUCACACAGGAAAUGAUUCAGAAGUUUGGACUCCCUGAGAACAAGUAUGAUGCUGCAACCAUGGCCAUCAAGGUUAUGCAUGAAUCAAUGAGUCCUGAGGAGAAGAAGGUUGAUGACUUCUUCUGGCAGUUCAGCAAGAUGUAAACACAUACUCAAUGCUAUUACCUCAAUCAAUGCUCAACUUUAAUGGCAUUUCAUUCCUGUAUUUGUAAACAUGAAUGUUAAAUAAAACUUUAAUCAGUAAA